ACAAAGCAUGCCAGUAAAAUCUCCCAAACCUACCUUGAUUCCAAAGCAACUAAACCAAAUUCAUGCUCAACUCCUUACAAACCCAAAACCCUACACCCUAAACAAAUUGUUCAGAGUUCUCACAAACUCUGCCACCCCACAAAAUGCCUUUCUUCUCUACAACAAAAUGCUCCAACGCCCAUCCUCCCACAACCAUUACACCUUCACCCAUGCCCUCAAGGCAUCUACCUUAUUACAUGAGCGCCAAAAGGGUCUUGAAAUCCAUGCACAUGUCCUAAAAUCCGGUCACUGUUUUGAUAUCUUCAUCCUUAACUCCUUGCUUCAUUUCUACGUUGUUGGGAAUGACAUUGUAUCCGCUUGCCGGGUUUUCGACUCGAUGUCUUCCCCGGAUGUCGUUUCGUGGACUUCGAUCGUUUCGGGGCUUUCUAAGUGUGGUUUUGAAGAGGAAGCCAUUGUUAAGUUCUCGUCCAUGGAUGUAAAGCCUAAUGCUAAUACUCUUGUUAGUGUUAUGUCUGCCUGUGCUAGUCUAAGAGCUCUGAAGCUCGGGAAAGCCAUUCAGGGAUAUAGCUUGAGGAAUUUGGAUGGCAAUAACACUAUAUUGGAUAAUGUAAUGUUGGAUUUUUAUGUCAGAUGUGGGUCUAUAGAGAGCGCAAAGUACCUGUUUGUGAAUAUGCCUAACAGAGAUGUGGUUUCCUGGACUACAAUGAUAGGCGGUUUUGCACAAAAAGGAUUUGGUGAAGAGGCAGUGAGGGUAUUCCAAGAAAUGGUGGAAGGAGGAGAAGCUGAGCCUAAUGAGGUCACCAUUGUCAAUGUAUUGUCAGCGUGUUCUUCCAUUGGUGCAUUGAAUUUGGGUCAAUGUGUGCACUCCUAUAUUGAUACUCGAAGUGAUCUUACGGAGGAGGGCAAUGUGGGAAAUGCCUUGAUCAACAUGUAUGUUAAAUGUGGGGAUGUGGGUAUGGCAAUUCAGGUUUUUAACACGCUUAUGCGCAAGGACAUCAUAUCAUGGAGUACCAUUAUUAGCGGCAUGGCCAUGAAUGGUCAUGGCAUGAACACAUUGCAGCUCUUCUCAUUGAUGCUAGUUCUUGGCGUUCCUCCGGAUGAUGUGACCUUCAUUGGCUUGUUGUCUGCCUGCAGCCAUGCUGGGCUUGUAGAUAAAGGGUUGAUGUUCUUUGAAGCCAUGAAGAAUGUUUAUGGGAUCAUCCCCCAAGUACAGCAUUAUGCUUGCAUGGUAGAUAUGUAUGGACGUGCUGGGAUGUUGGAGGAAGCAGAGGAUUUUGUUAGGCAGAUGCCUGUGGAAGCCGAGGGACCGAUUUGGGGAGCUUUGCUUAAUGCUUGCAGAGUUCAUCGGAAUGAGAAGAUGUUUGAACGGAUCAGGCAAUGCCUGCUUGAUACAAGAGGUGUGAGUGUCGGGACUUUUGCUUUAUUGUCAAACACAUAUGCUGGUUCUGAUAGAUGGGAAGAUGCUAAUAAGGUUCGUGAUGCAAUGAGAUGCAUAGGGUUGAAGAAAAUGGCAGGAUGUAGCCGGCUAGAGGUUGAUCCCUCCACCUAUAAUCCGGAAAAAAACUGCAUAUGCAGCAAAAUAAGCUGUCAUUGUUCUUAAUCUUUGUUAUUGGAGUCAACAUGCUUGCAAAAUGUAUGGAAAUUUGCAGUUGUUUCAAGGAUUUUGAGGUUCUUUUUACACACCAAAGUGAGCAAAAGCUUGCACUAGUCUAAACAAAGAGGGUGACAGAUAAUGUUGUGUUCAUGGUGAGACGCAGAGAUGUGGAUGAAAGCAGGAUGCAGUUGGACUGAUCCCUCCAUAGACACGUUGACACAUGGAUGUCUCUGCAAAUGCAGGGGCAUUCCUUUGACAGAUUCCUAGUUG